UUUCCAUGUCUAAUCAAGGAACGUAAACCAUUAGCCACAUGUUCUCCAUUUCCAUCACAUUUUUUCACACUUAAACAAAAACAUGCCAAAGAAAAGGUGCUACAUUUUUUAAUGCCCCCAAAUAGGAACCACGGGAGUCCGUUAAAUGCUGUGGCCAUUUCCAGCAUACAAAUCAAUUUUCCUUGUGGUGGUGAAGUGGUGAAUAAUGCCUGGUUUGUUUAAAGAAGCAUGACUGAUUUUGGAUGAAGGAUCCUGUCAGUUUGGCAUUUUUCAUUUUAUUUAUUGCACACAACCGUAUAAAACCUGGUACUGGUCUCAGUGCCAGGCUUACUAGUGGAAAAGCCGAAAGGACCACAUAACUCCUGGUGCAGCAAAGAGCUUCUCCUUCUGCAAGACAUUUGCUGGACUCCUGAGAAAUUACUUUGAAUAACAUGGCAGAGAAGGAUUUCAUCAGUUGGCAUCUGCUGGCUUUAUUUUUUCUUCCAUUUUGCCUGUGUCAAGAUGAAUACAUGGAGGUGAGCAGAAGAUCUUAUAAACCAGUGGCCAAAGUAUUGCAAAGUCACCACCAGACUGGCCAUAAAGGUUCCAGAAGCAGGGAAAUAUUGAAACAGCGGAGUCAACUUAUAGAGUGGACUGUUGCUAAUAGCACUUCUACAGACCAAAAAGUCCUGAGACCAGAGGUAGAUGAUGUAGAACUGACUACCUCAGAUAGAGUCCAGCCCCCACAAACGGGACCACAGAAUCCAGACUGCAGUACCUGCUGCCGUGGCGAUUUUGGAGUUCGACUCUAUCAAGGGCCCCCAGGACCUCCUGGGCCCCCUGGGAUGCCAGGAAAUCAUGGAAACAAUGGAAAUAACGGAGCAACGGGCCAGGAAGGAGCCAAAGGUGAGAAAGGAGACAAAGGAGAUAUGGGACCGAGGGGAGAGCGUGGCCAUCAUGGACCCAAAGGCGAGAAGGGUUACCCUGGGAUUCCCCCAGAGCUGCAGGUUGCAUUCAUGGCUUCCAUGGCUACUCACUUCAGUAACCAGAACAGUGGCAUCAUCUUCAGUAGUGUCGAAACCAAUGUGGGGAAUUUCUUUGAUGUCAUGACUGGUAGAUUUGGAGCUCCAGUGAAUGGAGUGUACUUCUUCACCUUCAAUAUGAUGAAACAUGAAGAUGUGGAGGAAGUGUACGUGUACCUGAUGCAUAAUGGCAAUACCGUUUUCAGUUUAUAUAGCUAUGAAUCAAAAGGGAAAGCAGACACUUCAGGAAACAGUGCGGUGCUAAAACUUGCCAAAGGAGAUGAAGUCUGGCUGCGAAUGGGAAACGGAGCCCUCCAUGGGGACCAUCAACGCUUCUCCACCUUUGCCGGGUUUCUUCUUUUUGAAACAAAGUAAAAAAAGAAACAAACAGAAAGAUAUUCAUCUGAGGAAGCUUCUUUUUUGAGCUGGUAUUUUUCUCUGGACUACGGAAUAGCAUUAUGGUGAAAAAGAUCAAGAAGGCUUGUUUUGAUGCAGUGCGUUGCUAUUUGUGUAUCAGAGAUGAGCUGAAUACAUUGGGUAGUUGACACAAUUACAGAUUCACAGAAGAUAUAUUGUCAUCUAGGUUGCAUCUAAUGAACCAUUAAAUGUUGCUAUUGCUUUCUUCACCAAAGCAACUGAAAAACAAAGGCAAAGGAGUUUAAAAUGAUUUAGAGAACAGUUUGCGCAGUAAAGUAAAUUUUGUCUGUAAAUAUACUUAAGUAUACAUCAGGAAUUGAACAAUGGAUUCGUGUUUUUUUGUUGGUUUAUCCAGUUCGUUCUUUUUACAUGUUCAUUUAAGCUUGCAUCAUGGAAACAGGCCUGAACAAGUUCUAAGCUCAGCUGAGAGCAGAUUUAGAGGAAGAAGUUUUUACUGGCCUAGAAAGAACUUUACAAACAGGAGAAAAAAUGUGAAAAUAAAGAUGUCAAGAAUUCAGGUUUACUGCAUUGCCAUCUCAAACCUCUGAAGGUGCAUUUGGGGUCAUUUUUGUAGAUGUUUAGUACAUAUUUACUCUCUCUCUCUCUCUCAAAAAAAAAAAAAGAGUAAUAGUAAUUCUAGCCUUAGUAGCAGCUUAAACCUAAGGUAAUUUAGCCUGCAGGGUGCUUGGGUCAGACAGGGGAACCACAAUGUUUCUUCCUAGCCUUCAGAUUUUUGAAACCUGAUGUAGUUGAGUGCAGGGUGUCAAGGCAGAGUCCUAGAUGCUGGAGAGGUUGGGAAUUUGUUGGCAGCACACAGAGACAGAGAAACACAUGCUUUGUGGAGUCUGGAGCUCUUUUAGAGGGAUAUACAUUGUUAUACUGCAUAUUUACUUAACAGUGAAGUUGCUGAUACUGCCUCUUGGCAGGCUGGUAGGCAAAGCCAUAGCUAACCCAGUUCAGUAUUUAAUUGGUGAAAGGAAACAUUGGGUAGCUUAGAAGUUCUGCUCACAGUAAACUGGACCAUUCUUUAGCAUUAAUAUUUGCCCACCAGUUUUUCAAAGUUUGGACACCUGAAAUCCUAUCUUGCUAUUUUUUAUUUAAGAAGGAACCUAUCAGCACCAAACAGGCUUCAGAAAUACUAAGGUUUGAUUGUGUGUAUCUAUCUUCUGCAUAUUCUGGCUCUCCACACAAAAACUAAUGAAAGAUAAAUUACAUUUUAACAGGGAUUUGCACCAGACAUUCCCUGACAUUAAUGUGUAACAAGCAGGUGAGGUUAGGACAAGUGUACAUUCUGUUCAAUAUUUAUUUGAACUUUUUUUAUAUUGGAUAAAGAUACCAUUACCAGUACAAUAGAGUAAAAGAAUCAAAAUCUUCCGUAAGAAUUUGUAUGUCCUUGAAUACAUUCUUAGUUUAUGUAAACAGCAUCUUGUGAUGAAAAAUGCAUGCUGAUAUUUGAUGAUUAUGACUUGUGAUUUUUUAGUUUUAUGCAACAACCACUGAAAAUAUUAAUUUUAAUGAACUAUCUUCUGAUGACUUAAUUUUCUCUUUAUGAAUUUGGGGCAGGUUUGCACCUGCAGAUACAGACUUUCAAAACCUGAGACCAUGUUAUUUCAAUAAGCAUUUUAGUGACAUUUUGGCAUGCCUUCAAACUAAAUUCCACCCACCAGGUAAUCAGAUAAUGUUACUCUUUUGGAAUAAGUGCACAAAGCCUAUGUGAUAUACAGCGUAAUGAGCUGACUUUCACAGUAAGAAAAAUCUUGAAAAAAUUAUUAUUUGUUGUGUUAGGAAUGUUUGCUUACUGUGUAAAACAUACAUUUACCCAAUAAAGUUUAAUAGUUCUAAAACUAUAAUGAUUUGUUCACAUCUAUAUUUACUAUAACAUCUCUGAGAUCAGCCAAGUACCUUUACUAUUUGGAGAUGGUGGGGAUAUAUCCUUAACACAUAUUUCCUAAGCAUUCAUUUUGCUACCGAACUGGAGAAAACCAUUACUGAGGGUCAACAACAUAUUUAUUUUUUAUACAUAUACAUACAUAUACACACACGUGUGUGUGUAAAUAUACAUGUAUGUAUAUUUAAAUUUAAAUCCCUGAGGCCUCCAUUGGGGCUUCAUUUUCCUGUAUGGUUUGGCCACUUUAAUUCAUUCUGGCCAGAAUAAAGCACUUACAAACCGGUCACAUAUGAUACAUACAGUCAUUGUAAGGUCCUUUACAUUUUCUCUGGAAAUGACCAUGGUACAAAAGAACACCAGGCUUUGCCAUUCUCAUUUUAUGUUUUUUUCACAAGUUUUGUACACCUUGCCCUGCUAAGGCAGGGUGGAAGGCAACUGAGAAUCAGCCUGAAAGUUUCUGACAAACCACGGUUUGGUCUCAGUUCCAAGGUUAAAACUAAGAGGUUUUUACAUCAAGGUUCAAUCUCACGUGAAAUCUCUGAUAUUUUCUCUGUAAAGUUAUUGCAUGCAAUCUCUGCUGACUGUAGUGAUACCUUAAAAAUAGGCAUUAGAUAUUAAUUUUAAACAUCCUUCAAAAUAUAACUGUUGAUGUAAAAAUCUCUGUAUGUAUUCCUGUCCCUCAGAAUUAUUUUUUUAUAUUCAGUAAAUCAGAUGAAAUGCAUAUUUGUUCUCAGAAAUGUUUAUGAAUAAUAGUUGUCUUUGCAUUGUUGUCCAUAAAUGAAAGGUGCUUCUUUAGUUGAUGCUCAAAAAGUAUGUUCUCUUUUCAAAGACUCUGGUCCUCCACUUUGAAAUAGGUGAUAUCUUGUAUGGUUUGUGUGUCAAUGUCCCUGUUUUCUACCACUGGAUCGAAAAAAUCCAGCUCUUUGAUUCUGCCAUGGAGAUAGCAAAGGUGACAGUGGAAGAGGCUCCAUACUGUGCAUCUGCAUUUGAAAUAGGGCAGGGCAAGGUCCAUGAGCACACAUAGAAUAACGAAACCCAUGUGGUGCAGAAGGGAUUUCUUGUGUUAAUUGGCGAAGAAUUGCACAACCGGAGUUUUAUUCUUCUGCUUUUCUGAAAACAAUCCAGACUAGAGAAAUGCCACAAAAAAAACAGUGUUUUAAAAGAAUCACAUUGUUACAAAGCCAAGACUGGAAAUACCCAUGCUAAAACCAUCUUGGACAUCUUAGCUUCUGUUUCCUCUGAAUGUGUCUCACCAUAUGUUCUUCCCAUUAUAUAGUCAUAUGCUAUUUCUUAGCCUCAUCCUGCAGCAGUUAGAUGGUGCUUGCUCAAUAAGGCAUGGACCAUAUACUGGAAUGUGGUAACAGAAGACAAAUAUAGGACAGCUUCAUUCACU